AUGGAUGCGCCCGAGUCUGCGAAACAUCCAGAGAUGAGGCCCUCCUUCACCUUUCCUUCGCCUCAAGUCAGAGUUGACGAGCAUGAUGAAGCCUCUGACAAGAUGCCUCCUCCGCCCCUCACUCAUCAUCUAACAGAGCCAACAGAGGUUCUUCAUUUCUCUAGCCCUCUCAGGCAUCACAAGCGAACACCCAGCGCUCAUCGUCAAGUCAAGGAAACUCUUGAUGCGCAAACGCAGUUUGGAGACGAAAGUGCUGACGGUGUCUCUCAACAUCGAGUGAAUCAAUACACCAUCUUGGAGGAGAUCGGGAGAGGCUCAUAUGGCGCAGUCCAUCUUGCCAAAGACCAAUUUGGCCAUGAGUUUGCCGUCAAAGAGUUUUCCAAAGCCCGCCUCAGAAAACGUCUUCAAUCGACCAUCCUCAGGCAAGGUCCUCGAGGUCCGAGGCGCAUGGGCCCUGGCGCUGGAGGGCCAUUCAACGCUGCUCCCCGGAUCGUCAAUGACACCAACGAUGCGCUGCACCUUAUCCGGGAGGAAAUUGCCAUCAUGAAGAAGCUCAACCACCCUAAUCUUGUCCAACUUUACGAGGUCUUAGAUGACCCUGAGGAGGAUUCCAUUUACAUGGUCCUUGAGAUGUGUCGCAAGGGUGUCGUGAUGAAAGUUGGUCUAGACGAACAGGCUGAACCUUAUUCAGAGGAAAACUGUCGCUACUGGUUCCGAGACUUGAUAUUGGCCAUUGAGUACUUGCAUGCUCAGGGUGUCAUCCACAGAGAUAUCAAACCGGAUAAUCUACUGUUGUCCAAUGACGACGUGCUCAAGGUGGUUGACUUUGGAGUUUCCGAGAUGUUUGAGAAACCAGACAACAUGAGAACAGCAAAGUCCGCAGGCUCCCCCGCCUUUCUGCCCCCCGAACUCUGCGGUAAACAUGGUGAUGUUUCUGGUACUGCUGCUGACAUCUGGUCAAUGGGAGUUUCGCUCUAUUGUCUAAAGUACGGACGCAUUCCUUUCAACCGCGACGGCGUUUUGGACAUGUACGAGGCUAUCCGAUCCGACGAGCCUUCUCUUCCCGAAGACGAGAACCCAGAUUUUAUCGAUCUUAUGCAGAAAGUCCUCAAUAAAGAUCCAGAGCAGCGCAUCACCAUGGAUAAACUUCGAGAGCAUCCGUGGGUCACUAAACAAGGCACAGACUGCCUGCUGUCUACUGAGGAGAAUUGUGCCAACAUGGUAGAGCCCCCUAAUGAGCUGGAAGUUAAUCGUGCCUUCACCCGCAAGAUGAAUCACCUUCUAUGUGUAAUGAAAGUUAUCCAUCGCUUUAAGUCAAUUCUGGUCAGACAUCGCGCCAGAUCUAAUACCAGCACACCUAGGGCAGACCGAGACUCGUUUGAUGCGUCGGAAGAGAAGGCCAAGGCUGAAGUGAUUGAGGCAUUGCUCUCCCGAAGACGCAACUUUCAGACUAAAAAGCAAAAGUCUGGCAUUGAAAAAGAGACUCUGCCGGUAGAAGAAGUCGAUACACAAGAGAGCACCAGACCUUUCCUUGGUAUCGGUACAGGAAUCAUGGAUGAGUUUGCGUCCAACGAGGCUACUCCAGAUAUGGUGUGCGACUCGCCAUCAGCCGUUGACUUCAACGUCUAUGACCGGGCGUACGAAACCGCGAUAGAGAGCAUUACCUCUAACCCGAACGUCUCUACACGAAGGCCAACUGUGUAUCUGACCAAGUUUGUUCAGGAUACAGAGAACCUGAAAGGAGUUCCUGAGCUUGUUAAGGAAGACGCUACCAAACACUCACAAAACCCAGAGGAGCCCCCCUCGGCAGACUCGACUUCUAUGAUCAGCCAUCUGUCAUCCAAGCUGGGCCUUUCGGACAAGCAACAGGAUGAGCAUGAAGCCUAG